CAGCCAUAUUGGUGUGUUGUAUCGCUGCCCUCUCAGUAAUUUCGAAGAUCAGUGAGCGUAUAGCCCAUCAUGACGGAUUCUAUGAAAUUUGGUCCAGAAUGGUUGCGCAAUCUGUCAGCAGACAAUUGCAAUAAUAGCGGAGGCGGUGGAGGUACUACAAGUUUAACCGCCCCGCGUUAUCAAUUAGCCGAACAUCGAUACGGACGUGAAGAAAUGUUGAUUUUGUUCGAUCGUAAUUGCAAGCCACCGGAGCCGUUGACAAAUUUUUCGACGUUGUAUGUCGAGAAAUCUCAGCUUCCUUUGGCUCUUAUACAGAUGACAGAAGAUGAAACGCGAAUGUGGAAUGGCGGAAUAACUCAUGUUACCGGUCAAGGCAGGGGUGGAAGCGUGGAUCGCGGGGGGCGUGGGAGGAAUGGAAGAGGAGGCUUGUAUUCGUCCCAUUAUCCUCGAGGGGUUGGUUUCGACGAUGCAGCCGAUGGUAGAAGAAUCGACAGUCAACCAUUUCCAGGACGAAACCGCCCGUUCGAUAGAUCUCAAAGCGAACGUGGGUGGUCGGAAAGGAACGGGGCCUCAGACCCGGGUGAAUGGAACGGUUCUACAAGUCCGAGGAAAGAAUUGGCUCGCGGUGCAAGCGGUAGCGUCGUGGAGGGUAAUUGGCGGCGUCAUCGUGGCGGUGGCACAGAGGACGACGAUGGCUGGCGUAAAUGGGGUAGAAGCAGUUGGCGUGAAGGGGGGAGUAUGGAUCGGGAUCGAUUAGAUCGAAACGAGGGAGACGGUGAAGAAGGUCGGAGCAGCGGCGGGAGAUGGGAGCAUCGUGGAAGUCACAGAGGUUCACACGACCCGAGUCACCAUCCUCCUUCACGUACUGCUCGUACAUGGGAGUCGAAUCACCACGAUAACAAUCACGACAACCUUCCUGAAUGGGCCACCGAAAAUCCCAGCGAGAGCGGAGGAAGCUUCGACGCUUCCGGUGCGUUCCACGGUGGGAUGUAUUCGGACGACGACGAGGACGGGGUGGUUAGUGCGGGUGGUACCCAAGAAUCGAGGACUCGACGUGUAUCCGAGGGGAGUGCUGUUAGUACAACGAAACACGGCGGCAGACCAUUGUCCUAUAACGCGACGCAGGGGCAGCCGGUGAGUCGCGGCACCAGCAAUUCGACUAGUACAAUCAACAAGGAUAGACCGAAGCCGUUGCAUCCGAUCAACGUCAAAGAGGACCACGUCGUCGAGAAGGAGAGGAGAAGCAGUUCACCGCCCUCGACGAAACCGCCGGGCAUCGUGACGUCGUCGGAUAGCAGCACGCCCGCCAAGACGCCGCCAGCGUCGUCCGAAAGCUCGCAGAAGAGAACGAGCGCGGCAACAAGUACGGAACAAAUCGAGAUUGGCAAAGUAAAAUCGCACGACACGAGGAAUAACAAGUCUCCCAGUAAAGUACAGGCUAGGGAGGAGGUUCAGACGGAGGCGAAGGUGGACAAGAUACCCCCGACGGUCGCGAAGAGACAGCAACCGUUGCAAACGGAACCGAAGAAGGGAGUCGUGCACGGUACGGGAACGGAGGACGUCAGGCAGAAAGGCGACGACGAUUUGGACCGUAUGAAGGAGGAGGCGGACGCGUUAGUCGCGAAAUUGAUGGCCGACGAAGAGAGCCACAGGGAGAAAACUACCGCCGGUGUACCGCCAUCUAUUGGUAACCAACCUUCCACAGUCCCAUCCACGAAUGGACAGGAGAAAUGGUUUUACCGUGAUCCACAGGGUGAAGUUCAAGGUCCGUUCUUAGCAAGCGAAAUGGCGGAAUGGUGUAAAUCCGGUUACUUCACCGCCAGAUUGAUGGUAAGGCGAACCUGCGACGAGCGGUACACCACGUUAGGGGAGCUGAUGAAGAUUAGUGGUAGAAUACCAUUUACCCCGGGGCCUCCUAUUCCUCCCUUGAAGUUAACGGACCAGGUGAUUCCUCCUGCUCCGAACGCAGUACCUGCCGGCUUGACCCCCUUGCCAAAAUCUGGUAUAGAAAAUCCGCUUCUUUUGCUUCAAUACCAGCACAUGAAGUUGCUGCAGAAUCAACAGAUGCUUCUCAGGCAACUGCGAACGUCGGCCAUAGCGAAGCUCUCGCAGUCCGAACAUUGGGCGACCCUGAGUCCUGUCGAGCAGAAUCAGUUGAUUUAUCAGUACAUGAUCCAAGACUCUGAGAUUCCGGACGUUCCACCGAUGUCCUCCAAUCCGUUUGUACCUCACCUGCCGUCGCAGACUAUGAACCCUGUCAUGCAGCUGUUCUCGCAGAUGCAACAGGCUAAAUCUCCGCAAGAUACUCAUCUAACGUCGAAUCCUCAUUCCACCACAGCGAGCCAUCCUCCCACAAUGGAUCCUAUACAACAACUGAUUCAACAGAUGGGUGGAAUACAAAAUAUACCGGGGAUGCAACAAACGAAUAUCAAUUCAACGCCGCCCGCGACGCAAGAAGACAAUCCCAUAAAAUCGUUGUUACGGCAGCUGAAUGUUAACGCGAACGGCCAUCCACAAGCGCCUCAUAUGGACACCGUUUGGCCCCAGCCGCCGCCGCAAAUAAAUCCACAGUUUAAUGCACAGAAUUGGCUGGCACAGGUCGGACCGAUACCAGCGGUACCUCCUGGCCAAAUGCCUAGUUCGUUGUGGGAUUUACAAGCUAAAGAAAUAAAGACUGAGCAGCAGAUACUGGAGGAACAGAACCUUAGGUUACAAGAGGACAGAAAGAAAGAGGAGCUGAAGAAACAGGAGGAGUUCCAGCGGCAGGCCGAGGAGGAGAUCGCGAAGAGGAAAAAAGAGGAGCAGGCCAGACUGGCCGAGGAGGAGAUCGCGAAGAGGAAAAAAGAGGAGCAGGCCAAACUGGCCGAGGAAGCGAAACGGAAGGAUGAGGAGAAAAAGAGGAAGGAUGAAGAGAAACGUAAGCAGGAGGAAGAACGAAAGAAGAAAGAAGAGAAGAAACGUAAGGAGGAGGAGAAGAAACGGGAAGAGAAGAGACGGCAGGAGGAGGAGAAUUUGAGAAAGAAACAGGAGGAGGAGAAACGGAAGAAAGAGGAGUUGAAGAAGCAAGAGGAGAAGCAAAAGAAGGAGGAAGAGAAGAGGAAAAAAUUGGAGGAGGAACAACGGAAACAGGAGGAAGAAAGAAUGCGGAAAGAAGCAGAGGCCCGUAAACAGGCGGAAGCUGAAGAGCAGGCUCGCCGGGCAGAACAGAGGCGGAGGGAGGCGGAAGCACUACGAAAGUUGCAGGAAAGAAGUAAAGCACCUUGGGCGCAGGCACCUCGUACGCCAGCGCCCGCCAUUCCAGCUGCUUCGCUCGCUGAGAUCCAGAAACUCGAGCGAGAGAAGAAAGCUGAGGAACAACGGUUUCAACAGAUGAUGCAACAGCAACUGGCACAGCAGAAGGCCAUCGAGACAGCCCAGGAGGCAUCGACGACCGAUUCGUCGAAAAAUCGGUUGAAGUUCAAGUGGGCGGAGAAGGCGACAGCCUCUAGCAAACCUCUGCAGGUGAAGAGUCUCGCGCAGAUUCAGCAAGAAGAACAGGACCGUAUCACCAAGGUAAAGCAGCAGGAAAGGGAGCGUCAGGAGAAGGCGGGCCAAAAGGAAUCGACGAACGUGCUACUGAACGCCGGUAUUUGGGGCACUGCUUCCCAGUGUCUGAACUGGACGAACUCGAGCACGGCCGGCGGCGGUGGUCCGGCAUGGUCGAACAACAUCGUUAGCAGCGGUUUCUGGGACGAUCCCACGCCCGUCAAGUCAUCAACAACCUCUAAACAACCGGCCAAGCAAGCCACAACGGCGAAGUCACCUGCUGCUAACCAGCAGCAACAAAGCAACAAGAUGAACAAGAGUAAAAGUAAGAGGGAGGAAGAGCUGGUGAAGAAACUGUUUGAACAGAACACUGCCAAGACAGACGAUUUCACGCAAUGGUGCAACAAGGCACUGAGCGGUUUACAGGUGUCCGUGGACAUACCCACGUUCGUUGGAUUCCUGCGGGAUAUCGAGUCUGCGUACGAGGUAAAGGAAUAUGUUCGAGACUACCUCGGUGAUAACAAACAGAGCUCAGAGUUCGCUAAGCAAUUCCUCGAGAAACGUAGCAAAUGGCGGUCCGCCCAGCGACCUCAGGCGCAAGCGGAUGAUCUCUGCAAACCUGCCCCUGCUGUCAAUCCAAACGCGCCCGCGGAAUUUCAGGAAGUGAAGGGGAAAUCGAAGAAGCCAAAGAAGGGAAAAAUGUACAAAGUCGAUAAUAGAAUUCUAGGCUUCAGCGUAACCGCGGCACCCGACCGCAUCAACGUUGGCGACCGUGAUUACGGUGAAGAUGUGUGAAUCCGAAUUUCCGGUACUGUUUCCGAUCCUCACCGUUGGAGAUUUUUUGCGACGCUUGGCCCGACAACUACGGUUCGUUAUUUAUUUAUUGUAGAUGCCAAAUGACCGUUCUAAGGAACCCGUUACGAGUACUUCAUUAAACAGAACAAAAAAAAACGAUAUAUUACAUGUAUACAUAAUAUAUAUAUAUUAAGAUCUCUUUUUUUUUUAUGGUUAAAAGCAUGCAAGGAUAAUCUUGGUACCCCCGUUUCUAUCCUUUGACUCGAUCAUUAAUGGGAGCCUUAGACACCGAUUCUCUCAGCGUGGCAUUGUUUCCUCCUUAAACGAAACGGAACUGAAAAGAGGAAGAGAACUCUAUUGUAUAUAAUUUACUCAACGGAAGGAACAUACACACAUACACAUGGCGGGCACUCGCCUGCUAUCCAACGUGAUGUACACGUACAUUUCAUGUGUCACACAUACAUACAAUACACAGAGGACACACACACUUUUGUAAUAAUUCAUCGUUACUCGCCGCGGACGAAGAGUCGAUCGAUGAAAUUCUGUAUCGAUCGAAUACAUCGCAGUCGAAAGUAAUUACGUGCUAACGGGACGAAAGGACGGAAUACGACACAGGAAGGUAGACGAAAAAGAAAAAAAAAACGAUUUGUUAAAUGUGCGUGCGUCGGUUGUUGAACUAUUUACGAGCGCGCCAAAAUUGAUGGCAUAUGUGAAUCCUAUGGAUUUCUUGAUUUUAUCGCGACAUCACCCAACCUAUUUGUCCUGUGUUCGAUACGUUGAAAGUUUCCAAUUCACGAAGAGACAUUGAAGAAAAAAAAGGAAAUGAUAUUUUGACUGAACGACUACUAAAAAGAAACAAGGAACGGUUGUAUUGUUACCACAUGUGGACCCGAAUGAUUGAACACGAGAACCGAAAGAUACUUAUAGCACUGACAUCUCGAGGGAAACGAAGGAACCUCUUGUACUUUCUUAACGCUUUGGAUACCCUGACGUAAAGAAGAGAAAGAAAACUUAAUAAUAAUAACAGUACUUGCAUGUUGUACGAUUUUUUAACAGCGAAACGAAUUGUAUCUUCCAUUUUUCCCGUUUUUUGCACCCGGACCGAAAGGGGAAGAGUAUGAAAGUAAGCUCGUGUGUAAUCCUGCGGAACUUUAUAAUAAUAGCACACAAGGAACUUCCGGUUUUUAUCACCACCGGCGGCAUAUCCUUCUUCUGAGAGACACUGGAGAUCGAUCCGAAUCAAUUAAAACGAAGAAUUCGACGUAAGAUUUAAGUAAUGCAAUAUUGUAAUAAUUUCACAGAGAAAGGAAGAACCAGUAUCUUUUGUAAAGUUUUAAAUGUAAGUGUACAUGUCGUGGGGAGAGAAUUUUAGCAAGCUUAUCGGAGAUACACACUCACCUUUUGUUUUUUUUUCUUCUUUCCUCUCUUGUUUCGUUUUUCCUUUCUAAUCGGACUUGAAAACUACUUGAAUUGAAGAAAAGAAAAGAACGAAACGGCAGGACAUAAUCUGUUCGUAACCCGCGAAGAAUAUUACGACAGACCCGACCGUUUUUUUUUUUAAUAAUUAUAAUGGUUGUUGAUUAAGGUUCGUUGAUCUUCUUUUAGUACGCGUGCGAUUAUGAAAGCAAGCGGUAUACUUAGGGGAAGACCACAGAGCCUUGAGUGAAAGAUUUAUGUAUAAAUAGAUAAAUGUACAGUAAAUACGAGGAUAAUUAAUUAGG